CCGUGCCCGGUGCCCGUGCCCCGCGACACCGCCGCCCCCACCCCAUCCUCGCAUCGGAGGCCGCGGCCCAAAGGAAAAGCAGCAGCCGCGCGUUGGCGGAGCACGCCACUUUCGCCAGCCGCCGCCGCCGGUGCGCGCGGUCCGGUCUCGUGACGGGAAUUGCCAAUUGCGAGAGCUCCGAGCUGCUCCUGAGCUAAAGGCUAAGGGAGGAGGCCGCGGCACCCACGCGGCCUUCGCCGCAACCCCCUCAACCCUCACCCCUCCCUACCAUGCGCGAGGCCCUCGCCCACGCUCUCACAUCGGACCCCAAGCUCCCGUGCCUCCGAGAUGGCGAGCCGCGACAAGGCCGGGUGCCCCCCGGCCGCGCUGCCCCUCGACCGCGUCAUGGCCGCGCUGGCCGCCAACGCGGAGCAGCUCGGGAGGCGGUGGGAGGCCGCGCUCCGCGGCCGCUGCGGGAAGGGGGAAGAUGUGGCGGCGGUCGGGAAGAGGGUGGAGGGGAGCGGGCAGGUUAUCGAGAUGCACACGCCGCUGUUCUACGCCACCUGCGCCCUCGGCGGGAUCCUCAGUACCGGCCUCACCCACCUCGCCGUCACGCCGCUCGACCUCGUCAAGUGCAACAUGCAGGUGGAUCCUAGCAAGUACAGGGACAUUCCGUCUGGCUUUGGUGUCAUGCUCCAAGAGCAAGGCCUUGGUGGGUUCUUCAAGGGCUGGAUGGCCACGCUGGUUGGGUACAGUUGCCAGGGCGCCUGCAAGUUUGGGUUCUACGAGUUCUUCAAGAAGUGCUACUCCGACAUUGCUGGUCCCGACAAUGCUGAAAGGUUGAAGACAUUGAUCUACCUUGCAGCUUCGGCGUCUGCUGAGGUGAUUGCGGAUGUGGCUCUCUGCCCUAUGGAGGCUGUCAAGAUUCGAGUCCAGACACAGCCGGGGUUUGCUCGGUGCCUGACCGAUGGGCUUCCAAAGAUUGUCCAAUGCGAAGGUGCCUUUGGGCUUUACAAAGGACUGCUUCCUCUUUGGGGCCGUCAAGUUCCCUACACUAUGAUGAAAUUUGCUUGCUUUGAAACCAUUGUCGAGAUGGUCUACAAGCAUGCAGUGCCAAAGCCAAAGGACCAAUGCAGUAAGCCACUCCAGCUAGCAGUGAGCUUUGCAGGGGGGUAUAUUGCUGGGGUCUUCUGUGCUGCUAUAUCUCAUCCUGCAGAUAACCUGGUGUCUUUCCUCAACAAUGCACAAGGAGCCACAGUGGCAGAUGCUGUAAGAACUCUUGGAAUGUGGGGCCUUUUCACGCGUGGCCUUCCUCUUCGUAUUAUUAUGGUCGGUACUCUCACAGGAGCACAGUGGGCAACAUAUGACGCGUUUAAAGUCUUCGUUGGAUUGCCAACAUCUGGAGGAGUGAGUCGUAGUUGUGCUGCUGCCUCCCCUUUGCACCGAGUGGCUCACGAAAAGCAGAACUGACUCUGCUGAGAGCCUGAGAAGAUGUUGUGCCAAGCUAUCCAAAACCAAAAACUGAAGUAGAUGAAUUGUGCGGUUGCACCAAUUUUCACAAGAGCUCUGAAGAUCGGAUCUGAGUUUUAGAUAGCAGAACGUUCAUUUUCAAGGGGCUUUUCUUUCAAACCUCUUGAACGAGACAACAUUGUAAUGAACGAGCAUCCUUUAGAAAUGUAUUGGGCAUUUUGGGCCAUCGCAAGCUGAUCUGAUGUUCGAGUGCA